ACCCCCGUCCCGCGGGCCCAGCCCAGCCGCGCCGCAGCCAUGUCGGGGGUGCGCGCUGUGCGCAUCAGCAUCGAGUCGGCCUGCGAGAAGCAGGUGCAGGAGGUGGGCCUGGACGGCACGGAGACCUACCUGCAGCCGCUGUCCAUGUCGCAGAACCUGGCGCGCCUGGCGCAGCGCAUCGACUUCAGCCAGGGCUCGGGCUCCGACGACGACGACGCGCCGGCCGACGGCGACGCGCACGACUGGGCGGGGACCGGAGCGGGGCCCGGGGCCGAGCAGGACGAGGACGAGGGUCUGGUAAAAUUCCAGCCUUCCCUUUGGCCUUGGGACUCAGUGAGGAACAAUCUGAGAAAUUCCCUGACAGAGAUGUGCGUCCUCUAUGAUGUUCUCAGUAUUGUCAGGGACAAAAAAUUUAUGACACUUGAUCCAGUUUCUCAGGAUGCACUUCCUCCAAAACAGACAUUGCAGUUGAUCUCCAAAAAGAAGUCCCUUGCCGGAGCAGCGCAAAUCCUGCUGAAGGGGGCAGAAAGACUGACAAAGUCAGUUACUGAGAACCAGGAGAACAAACUACAGAGAGACUUCAACUCUGAGCUUUUGAGACUAAGGCAGCACUGGAAGCUCAGAAAAGUGGGAGACAAAAUUCUCGGAGAUCUCAGCUACAGAAGUGCAGGGUCUCUUUUUCCCCAUCAUGGCACAUUUGAGGUCAUAAAGAAUACAGACGUAGAUCUAGAUAAGAAGAUACCUGAAGACUACUGUCCCCUGGAUGUCCAGAUCCCUAGUGAUCUUGAGGGGUCUGCCUACAUCAAGGUUUCGAUACAGAAACAGUCUCCUGACAUUGGUGAUCUCGGCACAGUUAACCUCUUCAAACGGCCUCUGCUCAAGUCCAAGCCAGGUUCCCCGCACUGGCAGACAAAAUUGGAAGCAGCACAGAAUGUUCUCUUGUGUAAAGAAAUCUUUGCACAACUCUCUCGAGAGGCUGUUCAGAUUAAAUCACAGAUCCCUCACAUUGUGGUGAAAAACCAGAUUCUCUCCCAGCCUUUUCCAAACUUGCAGCUGUCUAUUUCCUUGUGCCAUUCCUCAAAUGAUAAGAAAUCUCAGAAAUCCACUACUGAGAAGCAGAGUCCAGAGGAUCAUCUUUAUGUCCUAGAGCAUAAUUUGCAUCUCCUGAUCAGAGAGUUUCAUAAGCAGACCUUGAGCUCCAUCAUGAUGCCUCAUCCAGCAAGCUUGCCUUUCGGCCACAAGAGGAUGAGACUCUCGGGUCCUCAAGCUUUUGAUAAAAAUGAAAUCAGCUCAAUACAGUCCACGGAAGGGCUUCUGGAAAAGAUAAUUAAGCAAGCGAAGCAUAUCUUUCUGAGGAGCAGGGCUGCGGCCACCAUCGACAGCCUGGCGAGCCGCAUCGAGGACCCACAGAUACAGGCACACUGGUCCAACAUCAGUGACGUGUACGAGUCCAGCGUGAAGGUGCUCAUCACAUCGCAGGGCUACGAGCAGAUCUGCAAAUCCAUCCAGCUGCAGCUGAACAUCGGUGUGGAGCAGAUCCGGGUCGUGCACAGAGACGGGAGAGUGGUCACGCUGUCUCACCAGGAGCAGGAGCUGCAGGACUUCCUUCUGUCCCAGAUGUCCCAGCACCAGGUGCACGCCGUCCAGCAGCUGGCCAAGGUGAUGGGCUGGCAGGUCCUGAGCUUCAGCAACCACGUGGGACUCGGGCCCAUCGAGAGCAUCGGCAACGCCUCCGCCAUCACUGUGGCCUCCCCAAGCGGGGACUACGCCAUCUCAGUUCGCAAUGGCCCUGAGAGUGGCAGCAAGAUCAUGGUUCAGUUCCCCCGGAACCAGUGCAAAGACCUUCCCAAAAGUGAUGUUCUGCAGGACAGCAAAUGGAAUCAUCUUCGAGGGCCAUUCAAAGAAGUUGAGUGGAAUAAAAUGGAAGGUCGGAACUUUGUCUAUAAGAUGGAGCUGCUCAUGUCUGCACUUAGCCCUUGUCUGUUGUGACACUUUCCAUGACAGUUUCCAGGUUUUUUUUCUAGGGAAAUCUCCAGAAACUUUGACCUGAUCUGUUUGCAAAUCAACCAUAAGCACAAGCGAAGACCUACUACUUUUAAAAAGUAAAAACUAGCCAACAUUUCCUAGCAUUUGGAACCUUUCACUUUAUAAGUGAGAAGUGCUUGGAAAUGCAUGAGUUGAUGAACAGUUAAAAUAUCCGUUAUAGGGAGAUACAAAAAAAAAAAAUGCAUUUUCUAACUCACUUAACCAGAAAUGUUACUAAUUUACUGGUUUGGGUUUGCUUUUUAUAGUACUUGUUUGUUGACUUUAAAUAAAGUAUGUUAACAAUUUUGGA